UUCACAUACAAAGGCCAGCCAUCUGCUUCGUCAUCGUAAUAGAUUGCGCUCCAUAUUCUAGAAUUUAAGGGUAUUCGAACACAUAUCCACAGGUCAGAGAGUUGUUGAUUCACUCUACCGUGCACAAAGGUGCAGAAGCCACCAAAGCAAUUGCGUUGCACUAGAUCUUACAAGAGCCCCGCAGCAGAGAUAUGUGGUUGCUAAGAUCUGAGUACCGGGAAGACUAGAUAAAGUGAGAAAGAAAAAGAGGGAGAUUGGGACGUUAUUUCGAGGUUUCUGUAGCGUGUUGAGGUUUGUAAUUGUCUCUGGCUCGGUUAGUGAACUUGCUUGAGGGCAUAGGAGUUCAGGAGUAGCCACUUGUUGCGUGUUCAGUCUUCAGGAAACGUGCGCGUCAAGACUUGGUGUUUAUUAAGAGAUCAUCUUGUAGUCGUUCUGUGACGUAUAGCGAUCAAUAAGCAGUUUCAGAUUUCCAGUGGAAGUGGGAAUUAGAAUUUGGAAAUUUGUGGGAGGGGUUUUGUUGGAACGAUUUCGCACCUGUGUGCUGUGGGUAGGAGUGUGAUUUUUGCAACGUAAGGAGCGUAAGGACUUGGUCAUUACCAUGGUGGAGAAGAACAGGAGCCAGAGAGCUGCGACAGAGGUUAGGGUAGGUGCACGGCAUUACUUGGCUCCCGUGAAGAAGGAUCUGAAGUCUGCCGUGAAGAAUGAGGAGACGACUGCAAGCCCCAAGUUUAGGGGAGUUCGCAUGCGGCAAUGGGGGAAAUGGGUCUCUGAGAUCAGGGAGCCGAACAAGAGGUCGAGAAUUUGGCUAGGUUCUUUCCCCACUGCUGAGAUGGCUGCAAGAGCGUAUGAUGCUGCCGUGGUAUGUUUGAGGGGACCCGGCGCUACUUUGAAUUUCCCUGAUUCACCCCCUCAAUUGCUUCCCGAAUGCAAUUCGCCCAAGGAUAUCCAAGUGGCUGCUGCUGCCGCUGCCGCAGCCGCGAAGCCUUGUACUCCAGUAGCGCUCCCCGCAAAGGCUAAAAUGCAAUUACUUAGUGCUCAACUCAUCAGCGUCAAGAAUGGGACGAAUUUGUCACCUAGCUCCCACCAAACUCCUGCGGAAUCGGAUUGCUCUGGCACCACGGGAGAAGGGUCUUCGAGAAGUGGGGCAAAAUCUGAGAUUACGCAGGAUGAGGAGCUUGAUUUUACAGGGGAGUCUUCCUCUCCCGUCGUCGCAGAGGAGUUCGUCAGCUUGGAAGACGUUGAAUUGGCUUGGGAAGACGCGAAAUUCGAUGAUAUAAAUUUCUUGGACUUGUAGAGCAUAGACUUUUCUGGUUUAACUCCAACCUCAUGUUUGAGUAUAUGCCAAGGAAAUUGGGGUAAUCAAAUUUUGGACGUUGGAGGCGUCUUCCAGUUCAAAGGCGAGUUUGAACCAGAUCGUGUUAUCAACGCAAUCAUGGUUCAAACUUCCGCGUUAUUGUGCUCGUUGAGUUGAUUUCUACAUCGAAUUCAGAAUCCGAUCAAGUGAGAGGCGGCAUUGCAACAUCAGUCUUCGACAGAAACCAUUUCUGGAAUCAUUUCUCCGGAGGUGCAGCCUGCGGAGAUAACACACACACGAGAGCCUUUCCAUCGAAGGUAGUGCAGAUAGUUAUCCCAUAUAGGAACUUUGGCAUCAUCUGUCUUUACCACCGUGCACAAGCUCAUGGAACCUUUUGCACCAAUGUAAAUUUGUAGGAUUGUAACUCCUCUUCGAUUUUUGACACCGUAGACUACUUUGAGCUGUUCGGAGCAAUCUUCCCUCCGAUAAAAUGUACACUCCGUUGAAAGACAAGCACAUUGUCAAGCGAAAAGCUGAGAAUAAACCUUGGAUACAAUUCUCUGAA